GUGAGUAGCGCAACAUUACGCUUGUAUCCAUGAGUCAGGAACAGCAACAGAUUCUCGUUUUGAAUUGUGGCUUGUUGGCCUGCUGUCUUCUGAGCUGUCAGCACAGGCUUUCCUCAGACUGCACUGAAGCAUGGAGGCUACGGCCAAGUAUGACUUUGAAGCUACGGUUGAUGAUGAACUCAGCUUCAGAAAGGGAGAGCGACUGAAGAUUCUGCAGACCACUGGAAACUGGUACAAGGCAGAACUCAAUGGAGUUGAGGGGUUUGUACCCCAAAACUUCAUCAACAUUCAUCUGCCCAGCUGGUACCAGGAGGACUCGAGCCGCAGCGACGCCCAGGAGAAGCUGAUGUCACAGCCUAUGGGAGCCUUCUUCAUACGGGGCAGCCAAAAGGCAGGACCAGAAAAGCAUUUUUGGGGCACCCCGAUGGCUCCCCUGGAAGAGGGCGUACCAUGCAUUAAGGCUGAGCCUAACACACAGGUGGCUCACCUGGAAAAGGGCGUACCAUGCAUGGAGGUUGAGUCUUACACAGUGAUAGCUCCUCUGGAAGAGGGCGCACCAUGCAUGAUGGCUGAGCCCUCACCGCAGCGGCCCAGACAUGAAACAGACGUGCAGCACUUGAAGGUGAUGCGGGACAGCAGAGGGCAGUAUUACGUCUGGUCAGAGAAGUUCUCCUCUCUCAACCAGCUGGUGGAACAUUACAAAGAAAACUCCAUCUCCAAACAGAGUGAGGUGUUCCUGCAGGAGACAGAGCAGGCAGGACACCGACUCAUGGAAACCCACCAAAGACGAGAAAACUUCUCCCCUCUCCCCAUUCCUCCGCUCUCAGGUGGGCCGCCUCCACCUGCACCGCGACAGCAGCACAAAGCCUCCUCCACGCAGCAGGUCAGAGCUUUGUACUGUUUCCACGCUGAGGAGGAGGACGAGCUGGAGUUCAACGCCGGCGAUAUCAUCAAGGUUCUUGAUUGCUCCGACCGGGCCUGGUGGAAGGGCCAGCUGAGGGACAAGACAGGCCUGUUCCCCUCCAACUACACCAAGCCCAUCUGACAGGAACACACACAGACAAAAACAUGAUACUACAAACAGUGUGUUAUAUAUCGAAUGUCAACAAAUGCAUCUUCACUGUAAUUUACUGUAAGUUACAACCCUAAACUAGCAGUAAAGGCUCAGUCUUAUGACAAAGUGUCAGCUGUUAUUCAGCUGUCAGGUAUCAGCUGUCUUUAUUAUCCCAUUACACUGAGAGUUGAUAAUGUUUUUUGAAUCCAGGAAAAAAUCAUCAUCAUAGAUUAUCCAUAUCUGUCUUGUCCAAAUAUCUGGGUGGCAUUUUUAACACUUUAUGUUACUGGUCCCAUGAAGUGAAGCUCAGCAGGAAGGACAACGUGGUGUGACAAUCCUUCACAGUCCAUGGAAUAUUAUGGUAAUUUAGAAAGUUGCUGCUGAUCCCUCAGCAUCCACAGACAGAAAUGUUCAACAAAAGCUAAAUUCUGUUCUAAACCACCAAGAUGAUACAUUGAUUUUGUGUGUCGUGAUCAUUUCUGACAGGUAUACAAGACUUUUUGAAAAACUGAAAAAUAAAAACUAAAAGCAAAGGCUUGUGUCUAAAAUGUGACAGAUUCAGAACUCAUACAGUACGUAGGGUCUCACAAGUGCUUGUGUAUGCAGAACUCACACCCAUUAGUUUAUAGGCACACCAUGAAGAAUGAAUACUGCAGAGAGCCCAGAGUGCGCUCUUCAAAUUACAGAGAUAAUAUUCAGAAAAUAACACAAAUGGGUUGUAAGUCUUUGUCAAAGU